CAGAGAGGCAGGCGCUCCUGCGGCCACCCUGCAGCUGGUCUGCCAGCCUGGGCCCCGGACACCUGGGUUAGACUGGAGACCCAUCGUGAGGGGACAGCCAGGUCUGCCUGUCUUGAGUGCAAAGGGCCUGUGACCUUCUCCUGCAGCCCCUACUUCUCUUGGCCACUCUCCCGAGUCCUCUGGCCCCGCGGACCCCAGUCUGAAAACAGCAGCAUGGCUGUCUUCCUCCAAAAAGCCUCGGGCCAGCGUGUGGGGCAGAGCAUGGGGACCCCGCGCGUCCCCGCGCGGACCGUCCUCUUCCAGCGCGAGCGGACGGGCCUGACCUACCGCGUGCCCGCGCUGCUGUCUGUGCCCCCCGGGCCCACCCUGCUGGCUUUCGCGGAGCAGAGGCUCAGCCCCGACGACGCCCACGCCCACCGUCUGGUGCAGAGGACCGGCACGCUGGCCGGGGGCUCCGUGCGGUGGGGCGCCCCGCGGGUGCUUGGGACGGCGGCCCUGGACGAGCACCGCUCCAUGAACCCCUGCCCCGUGCACGACGCGCGCACGGCCACCGUCUUCCUCUUCUUCAUCGCCGUGCGUGGCCGCACCCCCGAGGCCGCGCAGAUCGCCGCGGGCAGGAACGCCGCACGCCUCUGCUGCGUGACCAGCCGGGACGCGGGGCGCAGUUGGGGCGGCGCGCGGGACCUCACGGCGGAGGCGGUGGGCAGCGCCGAGGAGGACUGGGCCACGUUUGCCGUGGGGCCAGGCCACGGUGUCCAGCUGCGCUCUGGCCGCCUGCUGGUGCCGGCCUACACCUACCAUGUGGUCCGGCGGGAGUGCUUCGGCCGGAUCUGCAGGACCCGUCCCCAGUCCUUCGCCUUCUACAGCGACGACCACGGCCGCACCUGGCAGCACGGGGGCCUCGUGCCCAGCCUGCCCUCAGGCGAGUGCCAGCUGGCUGCAGUGGAUGGCGGGCAGGCCGACGGCGUUCUCUACUGCAACGCUCGGAGCCCGCUGGGCAGCCGCGUGCAGGCCCUCAGCGUGGACGAGGGCACCUCCUUCCUCCCUGGGGAGCUGGUGCCCGCCCUGGCCGAGACCGCCCGGGGCUGCCAGGGUAGCAUCGUGGGCUUCCCAGCCCCGCCUGCCAGCGGCUGGGAGGAUGAGGGGUGGUCGAUGGGCACCAGCAACCCCCUCCGCUUACCACACCUCUGUCCUGGGGCCCAGGAUGUCCCAGAGGAGGGCACCCCCGGGGGCGGGGGGCUGGGUGCUACGGAGGGCUGUGGCGACGGCCCCGGGGAGCCUGGCCCCUGGGAAUCUGGUGAGAACAGGGGCUCCCGGGCCUUGGCGCUCCUGGGACCCCCUGCAGCUUUGUCGCAGAGCCCCACGUGGUUGCUGUAUUCCCACCCCGUGGGGCGCAGGGCUCGGCUCCACAUGGGCAUCCGCCUGAGCCGGUCCCCGCUGGACCCCCACAGCUGGACGGAGCCCUGGGUCAUCCACGAGGGCCCCAGUGGCUACUCGGACCUGGCAUCCAUCGGGCCUGCCCCCGGGGGGAUCCUCACCUUUGCCUGUCUGUUCGAGAGUGGGGCCAGGGUCUCCUACGAGGAGAUCUCCUUCUGCAUGUUUUCCCUGAGGGAGGUCCUGGAGAACGUGAGGCUGGGCGGGGGGCACCCCGGCCCUGGAGACAAGCCUGCGGGGCACUGCCAGCCCUCCUGAUGGGCCCCUGGUGCCCAGGAGGGGCAAGGAGGAGGACGGGGCGGCGGCCGCUGGGAGGCGGGGGCAGAGGUCCCGUGGGCAGGGGGCUGUCCCCAGGUGACCCGCGCAGGCCUCUUCCCAAGGCUGACCGCGGGCUGGGGGCCUGGGGUGGGAGGGGGCACGGGGACCCUUAGUGGAGCACACGGGGCUCGGUUGUCGGUACGGUCUUCCUCUUUAAUCUUGCUCGGCUCACGACCUUCUGGCUUAUGAACGAGAA